AGGGCGGAAGUUCCCUGCCCCACCCGUGAGAAUUGAGGUUUGACUGGAGGCAAGCGAGGAUCCAGCUCGGGUUCCAGUUGUCCACGGCUCCUCCUGUCGUUGCGGGCACAAUUCCUGGGACUCAGAUGGACCACACAUCCCCAACCUACAUGCUUGCUAACUUAACCCACUUACAUUCUGAACAACUUCUACAGGGUCUGAAUCUUCUUCGUCAACAUCACGAACUCUGUGACAUCAUUCUUCGAAUAGGUGAUGUUAAAAUUCAUGCUCACAAAGUGGUACUUGCCAGCAUCAGCCCAUAUUUCAAAGCUAUGUUCACUGGAAACCUUUCUGAGAAAGAGAACAAUGAGGUUGAGUUUCAGUGCAUUGAUGAAACUGCUCUCCAGGCCAUUGUGGAAUAUGCCUACACAGGAACUAUUUUUAUUUCGCAGGACACAGUUGAAUCACUCCUUCCAGCAGCAAACCUACUCCAGAUAAAACUUGUCCUGAAAGAAUGUUGUGCAUUUCUUGAAAGCCAACUUGAUCCUGGUAAUUGUAUUGGAAUUUCUCGUUUUGCAGAGACAUACGGUUGUCGCGACCUUUACUUGGCAGCCACUAAAUACAUAUGCCAAAAUUUUGAAGCUGUUUGCCAGACUGAAGAGUUUUUUGAGCUUACACAUGCAGAUUUGGAUGAAAUUGUUUCCAAUGACUGUUUGAAUGUAGCUACAGAAGAGACUGUUUUUUAUGCACUUGAGUCUUGGAUCAAUUAUGAUGUACAAGAACGCCAGAAAUACUUAGCGCAGCUACUUAACAGUGUGCGAUUACCAUUGCUGAGUGUUAAGUUUCUCACUAGACUAUAUGAAGCAAAUCAUCUGAUUCGUGAUGAUCGCACUUGCAAACAUCUUUUGAAUGAAGCCCUAAAGUACCACUUCAUGCCUGAACAUAGACUCUCUCAUCAGACAGUCUUGGUGACACGACCUCGCUGUGCUCCCAAAGUACUUUGUGCGGUAGGAGGAAAAUCUGGACUGUUUGCCUGUUUGGAUAGUGUGGAGAUGUACUUUCCUCAGAAUGACUCGUGGAUUGGUUUGGCACCCUUAAACAUGCCUCGCCAUGAAUUUGGAAUAUGCGUUUUAGACCAAAAGGUGUAUGUUAUAGGUGGUAUUGAAACUGACGUGCGUCCCGAUUUCACUGUCAGAACACAUGAAAAUUCAGUAGAAUGCUGGAAUCCUGAUACAAAUACCUGGACUUCUCUUGAGAGAAUGAAUGAGCACCGAAGCACCCUUGGAGUAGUGGUACUUGCAGGAGAACUUUAUGCUUUAGGUGGUUACGAUGGACAGUCUUACUUACAAUCUGUAGAGAAGUAUAUUCCCAAAUUAAGGAAAUGGGAACCUGUGGCACCAAUGACUACAACACGAAGUUGUUUUGCCGCAGCUGUGCUGGAUGGAAUGAUAUAUGCUAUUGGUGGGUAUGGUCCUGCCCACAUGAACAGUGUGGAACGUUAUGAUCCAAGUAAGGACUCCUGGGAGAUGGUUGCAUCUAUGGCAGAUAAAAGGAUUCACUUUGGUGUGGGUGUCAUGCUGGGCUUUAUUUUUGUGGUAGGUGGACAUAAUGGUGUCUCACAUUUGUCAAGUAUUGAAAGAUACGAUCCUCAUCAAAAUCAGUGGACUCUGUGUAGACCAAUGAAAGAACCCAGAACAGGAGUUGGUGCUGCAGUAAUUGAUAACUACCUUUAUGUAGUCGGUGGUCACUCAGGGUCCUCCUAUCUGAACACCGUGCAAAAAUAUGACCCUAUCUCAGAUACAUGGCUGGAUUCAGCUGGCAUGAUAUACUGUCGCUGCAAUUUUGGAUUAACCGCACUUUGACAAGUGUGGGCUCAUGGAAAUAGUGAGGUGAUGAACCUCUGUCGCAUGAAAGGAUGCCCGGUUUUCUAAAACCCCAAAGCAGCAUUGCUUUCUUUUUAACUUGAAAUGACAUGAAGACUCCAAGUUUUGUUGGUACUUUGAACUGACAAGUAGCUUUGGUUGCUCUUGAUUACACAGUGAAUGGAUCAUCAAAAAAAAAAAAAAGGAAAGAUCUUGCUAAUUGAAUUGUGCACUUUUCCCCUGCUAAUAUUAGGAUAAAGUAGUUUUAUGUUUGUAAGUAUACAUGUGGGGAAAAACUUUUUUUUUUUUUUUUAAGUUUUAGCUCUCUUCCUCUGAUAUGUACCAUGAUUUACUAGGAUAAAUGAUGUUUGGAUGCUAGAGUGUAGUAAAUGACUGGACAGAGUGCUGAUACUGUCUGUUGGGUAUAAAUUCAUAUGCUUUACACUUUAAAUAAAGGGCUGCUUUUUUUGGUACUCUUAGGGGUGUAAAUUAUAUGCCAUAGUGGCUCACCCGGACAUUCUUUUUUGCUAAAUGGCUUUAGGACUGAGAGCAUAAUAACUGUGCAAGACAAAUGCUUUUACUAUCAUGAUAUUUGGGGGCCUAUUUAAAGAAGUCAUAUUUACUGUUUAUAUCUUUUUUAUAUGGGCAGAUUAAUGCUGGAUGAAUUUACUUACCCAUCUAUGCUAUGCUAAGCAUGGAUAGAGUUAAGCAUAUCAGUUUAAUUUUUUAGUAGUACAGCAAGCUUCCCAAUGUUGAUGUAAAUAUUUGACAAAUGUUUAGUAUCAUCCUUAAUGCAUAUUAGUUUUUCAUACACCCUUAUAAUAAUUUCAGUUUUUAAGACAUUUGUUUGCUUUUUCAAGUGUUCUGAUAUAAAAAUGGUGCUAACUGUAGGAACUAUAAUGAAGCUAUAACAUUGUUCUUUUGGAUGUUCAGUAUGAGUAUGCAUGACAUGUUUUGAUAGUAUUUUUCAUUUUUACUGGCUUGAUUUAUUUGUACUUAUUAAAAAUGAUAGUGAAUAUACUAAUGAUAGCAUCCAAAAAUUAUAUAAAAAUCCAUGUUCUGCUUUCCAUAGUGAUUUAAAGAAAGAUACAUUUUGAUCUUUCUUCUUAUACUAAAUAUUACAUGUCCUUCUUAAAACUAGAAAUAUAUGCAUUAAAUUUAAAGCACUGGGCAGUUAUGCAUUACUCUGCAUUUCUUAGGUAACUGAGUAUUUUAAAGUUACUGAGGAAAACUGGAACUUAGUGUUUACUUGAGUAAUGGUUCUAAAUUUGGUCCUAUUUUGACUAAAGAAGUGCUCUUUUAAAGCAAAAUUGUUUGUUAUUGCCAAGUGACAGCUUAUUUAAAAGAAGUGGUUGACUCAUUUUGUUUUAGCAUGUUUUAGUGACUGUCUAUUAGUCUUGAACACAUAACCUUGCAUUUUAUCUGGAUUGUCGGUACUUUCAUUUUUGGUACUAGAGUCAUUUUAUUUUAUUUUCCAUUUUUUUUUUUACCUGCCCACCAUCUCUUUAUAGUCUCUGUAAAACCAGUGUAUAUUUGUAAGAAAAUUUCAUAUUUCAUUCUUCUUAAGUGCCAUAAUGUUUUAAACUAUUGUUAAGAAGCCAUUCUUAAUUAUAAAAAUGUAAGUUUGUUUGUUAGCAUAUGUGUUAUUUCUUGAAAACUAUAGCUGGGCAAUUUGCUGUUUUCCUUGUUCUUCCAUAAACUGCCAGUUGUAGAUUUAAAUAUAUAUUACCAAACUAUGUAAAAAUCACCUUUAAACAUUAGUAUCAUGCUUUAUGAAUAUUUGCACAGAUUAUAAAACCUUGCAAGUGACUUUUAGUCUCUUCUAAUUAAGAAUUCAACAGGAGCUACUAAUAAACUUGACAGGCUGAGUAUUUUCUAUGUUGCUUGUUUUAAAAAUCAAUGAUAUAUAGCAAUAACUUUUUAAUUGAUUUGAAUAAACUUAAUGGAUAGAAACAAGGUGCACUAUUGUGAUUGGUCUAGACUUGAUUUAAAGAAAAGCAGUUUAAAAUAGAUUUUAUCACAUACAUAAAUGUCCCAACUUGAUUUUCUUAUUUAUGUCAGUAAGCUUGUUAAAUACAUCCUGUUGUUUUAUUUUUAAUCCUUUGUCCCCAGAAGAGAAUUUGAAAGACUACAAAAUAAUUUGAAUUGUAAACAGAGCUAUAUUAUACAUUUUAUUUUAAUAGUAUUUUACUCUAUCAUUGCCACUACCAAAUUAGUAUAAAAUAUAUACUUCAUUUGAUAAAUUAGAUCAAAGGCAUUCAUUGCUUUGGAAAAAUCUGAAUUUGAUGUUAAAGAGGAUUGAAUGUGAAACAUUUUGAGCAAUAAUAGGAGUCAUGUACCAGAGAACAAAUUAUGAAAACCUGUAAAAGGAAGAGAAAAAAACCCCUAAAUUUAACAAUAUUUAUUUCAGGUUUGCCAAACCUAUUGUACUACUGUUCACAACAACUGGAGGUAUUAAUGUGACCUGACAAUUAAUUACUUUGCAACAGGGCCUUUUUGUGUGGAUUUUUGAGAAAUUUAUUUAUGAAUACUCUGCUGACAAAUUGUGAAUUUAAAGCAACAUGUGUCUUAUGUUAAAAUGGAUAAAGGUAUUUGAUUAUAAAUUCCCAGGGUCAAAUAUCAAUAUAUUAGAGAUCAACAAGGAGACAGUUAAGGUUGCCCCCAAAAUUUUUUGAAAAAAGUGACAGUGAUAAAUAGUCUAAAUCAGUUGGAAGCUAAUUAAUUGCCUUUUAUAAUUAUUUUACAAAGACUUAACCACUUAGGAAUGUUUGGCUGUUUAGUAUUUGUUGAAUAUAGUAAUAGAACUUAAGUGCUUUUUAAUGUAGCCCAAAGGAUAUUUAUGUAAGUUCUACUUGUUAUUGCUAAUAUUGUUUUAGAUAUGAAUGAAUAUGUAAUUAUAGGGAGUGAUAUCAAGUAUUAGGAAAACAUUAGGUCUGAAAAUUAUUUUGAUAAUUUGACAAAUAUGGAGGGUCUACUAUAUGUAUGAGAUAUUGUGAUAGAUACUAUAGAGGCUAGAAAUGUAAAUAAGCUUUUCACUCAAUAAUAUAUAGUGAGGGAGACCUGUAUCCAAAGAACUGUUAUGGUAAGGUGUGAAUCUAAUUCUUAAUCUCCACCAUCAUAAGAAGUAAUUAGAGACCCACUUUAUGUGUAAACAUUUGUGUCCUUUAAUGUUCACUUAGGUUUUAUUGGCAUGAAAGAAUUAUUUUAAAAACCUAAUGUCUGUAGAAAUGCAAAUUUCCUAGAACUUGAUAAUAUAUUUUCUAGUAGAAAAACAAAAUUAUAGAAGCUUUAAGAAAUACUAACUAUAUUAUCAAGGCUCUGUCUGACAUUGAAGGAAAUAUAUGUACAUACAGUGCUCUGUUUGUUUUGUGUUUUGGUGUUGAAUUUCUGGUAUUGCCACCUAAGUGCUCAUUUUUAGGAAAAUCAGAUUCUAGAGUAAAUAUACUGCUUAAAAUUUAAUGAACGUUUGAUAACCUCUAUAACCUCUGUAGUCUAAAAGUUAAGAAAUUACAAGAUGUCACAAGUCAAGUUAACAUCCAGUUCUACUUUUUAACCCAUUUUUUCCUUUGUGAAAUGGCACUUUAAAUCAGACAUGUUUUAAUUAUUCUGUGGCUGGAUAUAUAUUGGAUUUUCACUUCCAGUAUAUUGAUUCAGUGUUGAUAUACAUUUGAAAAGAGUCAAGAAUACAGUUAAGUUUUAAAUACUAUAGGUUUGCAAGUUAUUGGUAUGACUAUGGAGUCAAAUCAAAACCCAGUUCCCUGCAGAGAGAAAAAUUGUUAUCCGUAUGUUUUUGAUACCUAUUUAACUAAAGAUAAUUUAUUGUUAUUUUUGUCAUUACCAUGUGUAGGUCCCAUUUAUUUUAAAAUACCAAGCAAAAAGUUCCAAGUUUGCCUUAAAAUACAAAUGAAAUUAAAGAACUGGAUGAUAAUGCCUAUAUUUUUGCCUUAUGAAUUGUGCUGUAUCAUAAACCAGAGAUGUUCUGAUUUUAACAGGAUUCUGAAAUUGUGUAGAUGUAGAGUACAAAUAUAUGUACUCUCUUGAAAAGAAUGUGAUCUAGUUGUGGAUUAUGUUAAUAUUUAAAUGUUUCUGUAUCUAUACUUUACCUCUGAAUAUGUAUCUUUUUUAGCAUCAGGGUUUCAUUUUAUUUUUGUUUACAUAGGAAAGUGACAUUUAACUUGUUGACAGUUGUAUUUUGUUUUUUAUUUUAAAAGUUCUUUGUACGUACUAUUGUGGUAAUGCUCUGU